CAUGUUUAUGCCGAAGGAGCACCGCAUCGCCAUCUACGAGUACCUCUUCAAGGAGGGCGUCAUUGUGGCCAAGAAGGACCAGCGCGUCCAGAAGCAUCCCGACCUGCCGGCCGUUCCCAACCUGCAUGUCGUCAAGGCCAUGCAGUCCCUGCACUCCCGCGGCCUGGUCAAGGAGCAGUUCGCCUGGCGCCACUACUACUGGUACCUGACCAACGAGGGCGUCGAGGAGCUGCGCUGCUACCUCCACUUGCCGCCGGAGAUCGUACCCUCGACCAUGAAGCGCCCGAUGCGCUCGGAGGCAGUGCGUCCGCGCAGCACUGCCCCUGGCUCCCGGGGUCCUGGUGACGCUUCCAAGACCGGCGACGACCGCUUCGCCUACCGACGCGGUCCCGGGGCCAGCGGCUUGGACAAGAAGGGCGACCUCGGCCCCGGCUCUGGUGAGGUAGAGUUCCGCGGAGGAUUCGGUCGAGGUUCCCGCAACUAAACGAGUCUUCUAUCUUGCCUAUCGGAGCAGGGAAUAGCCUCCUCUAUGGAACCCCAAUUACCGUUUAUAAAGUUGAUUAGACCAUCAUCGUUGUGCCGGGUGAGAAUA